UAUUUGUUAAACAUGUGAAGAAUUUAAAAAAGAAAAAUGGGCUAAAGCAGCCUAUAAAUAAUAACUUAAUUGGAAAAUAGUUGUCAUUAGCCCAAGUGUUUGUGAAAGGUACAACCAUAUCCCCAACGAUAGAAAUGAAAUCUUUAGCUAUUCUCGCUUUGUGUGUUUUAUUUGCCACGGCUUUGUCUGACGAAAUUCCAAACAAAUUAAGACAAAGACUUAGAACAGCCAGUGAAAAAUGUCAAUCAAUUCCUUCAAAAGCUGUCAAUGAAGACGACAUGAAGGCUUACAAGUUAUCAAGGGGCGAGGGAAGGCGCCCCGAAAAUCUAGGACCUCACUCUCUAUGCAUAACUAAAGAAAUGGGAUGGCAAAACGAAGAUGGAACUAUCAACAGAGAACUAUUAAUGAGAGAAAAAAUGAGGAGAGGAGAAACUGAGGAAAAAGCUUCAGAAAUGAUGAACAGGCUGAUGAAGUUCCAGAAGAAGUCAAACAAAAGAUUAAGGCUGCCAAUGAGAAAUGUCAGGAAAAUACUGAUACCGCUAUCGACGAGAAAGCUUUACAGGCCUGGAUGAAAUCUGGUAGAGAUGCUAGUCAGCGUCCAGCUAACUUGGGACCUCACACCUUAUGCAUUGCUAAGGUAAUGGAGUGGAUAAAAGAAGACGGAACACCUAAUAGAGAAGGCCUAAAAGAAAAAAUGAGUAGAAGAAUAACAGACAGUGCCAAAGUUGAAGAAAUUCUCAAUAGAUGUGCAGCGAAACAAGAAACCCCAGAAGCUACUGCUUUACUCAUGAUGAAAUGUCUUCUUUCUUCUCAUUAAUAAUGUUUCGAAUGAUAUAAUAAAUAUUUUGUGUCGUAAUAUUAUUUUUUUUUUUUUCACAGAACUUGAUGUUACAUAGGUACUUACUGUAGGUAUGUUUUUUUAAAAAAUAGUUCAUAAAUAACCAAUGAUAUAAAUUCAAUAUAAGUAAGUACACUGUAUACAAGAAAUAGAUAGCUAACUCGUCAAGAUCUCACACAGAUUGGGAAAAAUUGGAUCAGAUAAAAGUCUUCGGACGCAACUAUCUCAAGUUAAUUAGUCUAAUUUCGAAUAUACUUUAACUUUACACGGUUCAUCAAUUUUCAGAAAUAUAAGUAACACGUCACACAUAUUAAAUUUCUAAAACUUUAAUUUAAUUUUUUGUUUUAUUUUCUGUAACCUCUUAUUUCUUUUAGUAACAAUAAGCUUUAAGCAAUCCAUAACGAAAUUUCGAUGAAAAACCUGAACUUUAUUAUAUUUAUUUUAUUAAAUCAGGAAGGAUUAGCGGGUACGAUAAAAUCAAAUUUCAUUAUUGAAUGUCCAAUUUAAUUAAAUUUAGAUAGGGUUUUUGAUUUUGAAUUUCAACGUUAAAAUUUAAUACAUUCAAAUAAUUGCAUUUAAACGCGUGUUGAUUGGAAUUGUAUCUGUGUAAUCUGUAUAUCUGUCUCCUAAAUUGCUGCAAUAUUUACUAAAAUACACAUAUGAAAUUUUGUUUCACUUUUAUAAUAUUUUUUAUUCUGUUUUUAUUAUUCCCGAUUUGCCUUGAUGACCACAUUUGUACAAAUACCUAUAACUCUCUGUUUAAUUUAGUAUGAUAUAAAUUAUAAUAUAUUAUAAUUACAGCUGAACUACACAGCAUUAUCAAAAAUAAUUUUCUAUAAAACUCAAAUGCAACUAUACAUAUUCUAAGGCCCGGUUUGUUCAUCUUCAGAUAAACUAGCUGGUAACUAUCUGCAAUAUAAAUUUAUCGUUCUAUAAUUCUAUUAAGUAUUGAUAUUUCGAAGUGUCGUCUUUCUUCUGCAUCUCGUCUGCUAGCGCUAGCCGUCCGAUUUCGUCCAAUGGCGGAUAACUGGCCUACCACUGAGAUUACUGAUUGGGUUUUUAUCCGUCAGAGUGCAUAUCUGACAGUUCAUCAAAAAGUGACUAAACCGGCCCUAUAUCAAAUAAAUAAACAUCAUAUAUACCUACUUUAUGACUUUCUUGAGUCAAACUGUGAAAGACUACUGAUUUAAAAUUUAAUGUUGCAAUAGUAUUCUAAUGCCGGUUUUCCACCAAAUCGACAAAACAAAAACAAAACUUAACCUCAGACAAAACUCUCACUUUUCCCAAACAUUUUCAAGACUAGCGUGUUCUGCGACAGUUGGAGUUUUGUUUUUCGGGUCCCGUUCGGAAGCGGUGAAUAUGAAACUCAAACACAGACUCGGGUCUAUUCAGUUUUGUUUUUGUUUUAAAACAUGUUUCAAAACACAAACUCAACAGUUCAUUUGGUGGAAAACCGGCAUUAAGCUUCUCAAACUCAGCCUUCUAAAAUUAACUAAAUAAAUAAUAUAUACAUAAUUUUAUCAAUUGGGUAAUUAUUUUAAAGGUUAAUACUAUGCGAGUUCAAACAAGUUUCAAUAAAUAAAGCUGUUUCCUUUGGUGUUGCUUUGGAAACUUUGCAUUCUGAAACAAUGGCAUCUAUAUCCUGAUCUUCUUCAGCUUUUUUGGUAACUCGUUUUUUCAGAUUAUCUUCAUUUACUGUGUUAUC